GAAAUGGCUGUCGGGAGGGAGGGAGGUUGGGGAAAAGAGAGGAGUCAUGAACACCCCCCGCCCCCCUUCACCCCAUAGGUACCCUUUGCUGCUUGAAACGUGGCUGGAAACGUAGUCGGACAUAAAUGUUUGUGAUUCCGCACUGCAUAUUUAUAACGGUUGCAGCUCGUUAUAAAUCUGCAGUGCGUAAUCUUUGAGUUGAAUGCUUCUCCAAGGCAGGGCCUGGGGGAACAAUUUCGUUUUAAAGUCUGCGUUUUUCUUUUCAAAAUCCGCGUUAGGCUUUUGCCACAAAAAUAAACCGGAGCCUUGUGCCCCCCUGAAAGAUUCACAGCCCUUGGGGUAUUCUCUUCUCGUUCCAGAUGCUUAUGCUGGUGUAAAUGCCGUGGAUGUUUAAGGGGCCGAAAGAUUUCUGGGUUUUUUUUUAACCUUCAAAAACCUCAUUCUGCAGAAGGCGUUGGUCUGAUAGACAAAGUUUAUAGGUUGUAGAGGAGAUCUUCACCAUCCCAAAAAAUGCAGAGCUGGAACAAAGAAUGUGGACCAGAUAUCUGUGCCCAGGUGGUGGCCCUGGCAGAGGAUUUCCUCCUGAGGCGGCAAGAGUCAGAGAGUGAGGAAGAAAAGGAGCCCCGUCUCUCAGAGCAGGAUCCUCCGGUUGCCAUGAGGUUUCAGGAAGCAGAGCCAGAAGAAGACAGGGAGGCUGAAAUGGAUGGGCUGGGUCAGGGAAACAUGAAGGAGCCAUUUGUACUGGAAAGACCUGAUCAUAUUGAUCCCAGCAAAAUAUCUUUGGAAGACGUCAUAGGGAAAUUCUUCCAUGUGCCCAAGGAAGAAGCACGCAAAAACACCCGUAAAGCCGCCUUUUUAACAGAGAAACCCUUUGAGUGCUCAGAAUGUGGGAAACACUUUGCCACUAGCUCUCACCUUAUCAAUCAUAAAAGGGUUCAUACAGGAGAAAAACCUUAUAAAUGCUUGAGCUGUGGGAAAAGCUUCACCGAGAGAGGAAACCUCCUUAAACACCAGAGGAUUCACACCGGAGAGAAACCAUAUGAAUGUUCUGAUUGUGGUAAGGCCUUUGGCAUCAGCUCCCAGCUUAUCACCCAUAAAAGGGUCCACACGGGAGAGAAACCAUACGAAUGUUUGGACUGCAGAAAAACCUUUUGCACUAGCUCUCAGUUGGUACGCCAUAACCGAGUACACACUGGGGAGAAACCAUAUGAAUGUGCUGAGUGUGGGAAAACCUUCAGUCAGAGGUCAUACCUUGUUGGGCAUGAGAGAACACACACUGGAGAGAAGCCAUUUAAAUGCUCGCAGUGCGGAAAAUGGUUCUCUCAUCGAUCUGACCGUCAGAGGCAUGAGAAAAUCCACACGGGUGAGAAACCACACAAAUGUUUGGACUGUGGGAAAGGGUUCAACCAGAAGGGCUCUCUUAUUACGCACCAAAGGACUCACACAGGAGAGAAGCCAUAUGAGUGUUCCGACUGUGGAAAAAGCUUCAACGACAGGGGCUACCUUAUCACACACAGGAGGACUCACACAGGCGAAAAGCCCUACGAAUGCACAGAUUGUGGGAAAAGCUUCAGUAGAACCUCCCAUCUUAUGGCGCAUAAAAAAACCCACAUAGGGGAGAGUCAACAGAUUUAUUCUGAAUGUGAAAUUCUUCACAAACCCUCAGAACAUUUCUGCACAAGUGAGAAUGGAGGUGAUGCUUAGAACAAAGGAACAGUUGUGGACUUCAGAUGAGGAAAGUGGCUGGAAAUGAAAAUAAAUUUUGAGCAUGAGACAGUCAAACAGGAACCAAGCCUGGAACAUACACCCUGUAGGUGGGGUAUUAGGAUACUAACAGGACAUCCAAUCAUUGGUGAUAGCAUUUAGAACACCCGUAACAAAAACACAUUUACAUCAGCAUGAAGGGUAAUGUGCUCCAGCAUCCAGUUUUCAGUGGAAGAUUGGCAGAUGCCUCCAAGAAACCUCCAAGCAGUUCAUGAAGGCAAUAAGCCUGCCUUCCCCAGUAAUUGAGUUUUACUGCCUCUGAACAUGGAGGUUCCAUUUGACUAGUCACCCCUUCUAUGAAUGUAUUUAAGCUCAUAUGCUGUAGAGUGGGUUCAUAUAUGACCAGAUGCAAGUCACCUUUUGCUUGUCCAAACAGAUCUGUUUUGUGUUUGAUUUCAACCAGUAUUACCUGUCCAGGAUGUUGGCAUGGAGUGCUCUAGGAAUAAAUAUAAAAUUAAUAACCGA